AUGUAAUAUAUUUUCUUACUUUUUAUAUGUUUAUAUCAUGGUACAAGAUUAUUUUAUUUAAAUCAUUGUGCUAAACAAGUUAGGCCAAAAGUAAUCUAAAAAUAGUCUGAUUAUAUUAGGCCUACCUAACAAUGUACCUAAAUGUAUCAUGGUAUAGUAUUGUGUUGUGGACAUUCCUUUUUUUUUCUUUAAAUAUAACGAUUGGAUACUUUACGUUGUGGCAGACGGAACUGAAAUCGAACAGAACUUGUUUCCCUGAGCAGUCGGGAAUGUUUUUCCAGCGCACCACACACAGACACAAGCAUGGACGAGACAGCGCAGCGAAUACUGGAGAAUUUGACUGAGGUAGAGGUUGCUGCAGAAGAUAUUCUUAGUGACAAACAACAGAUCGUGGAUCUGGAUUUGCGGAGAAACAGAAAUCGAGAAGCACUCAGCGCUUUACGAAACCAUUCUCCAAACGAUAAUGUGAAGGUGUGUUUUGGAAAUAUGUUCAUCAAAUUCCCUCAAGAAAGUACCAGAUCCAUGAUCCUUAAAGACCAAGAGCAGCUUGACAAGGAAAUAACUGACCUCCGCAAACGACUCAAAGCUAAAGUAAAUCGUCUCAAUGAAUUGCAAGGUAAGCCUGAACUCAGAGGAUACAACCUUUCUCCUCUGAGCAAUGAUGAGAUAAAAGCAAUUGACAGCCUCCUUAAGAAAUAAUAUUCACUAGCUUCUGGGACUGUCUUGAACCUGAGAGUAAUGUUUGGACUGGACUGUUACCUGUGCAUCGGAGAACUGAACUGUCUGCAAGACUUUACUAACUCAGCAGAAGAACUCUUUUGGCGACUGGCUCACAUAAUCUGUCUUCAUCAUUCAGUGCUUUUACAUGGAUUUUUUAUAAAAGUCUCGCCUGCGUUUUGUGUGAGAAACACAAUUGUUGAAGAGGGUAAGCCAAAAUAAUGCUAAAAUGCUUGGGUGGGUAUUACCACAACAUGUAGCCUGUAUGUUGUUACUUUCACAUGUUUUGUUAUAAAUGGCAAGCAAACAAAAUUGUUGAACUUUUGAAUUCAAUAAAGUGUCUGUCAAAGUCUGAAAA